AGCUCUGCACGUAACAUUUUUAAUAGAGUUGUCUCACAGCUGUCACAAUGAGCUACAGCUAUAACUUCAGGCAGUCACAAUCUAGUAGUGGAGGUGGAAGUGGUUGUAGCUGUGUUGGUGGUGGAAGUAGUGCUGUUGGAGGAAGCAGUGGCGGUGGACACUCUGGUAGUGGGAGUGGUGGUGGAGGGUAUUCUUCGGGGUCCUCAAUAAGGCACAACUCCUCUGGCAGAAACUCCUCUGGUGAAAGCUAUGAUGCGGGAAGAUCCAGACGUGGCUCUGGAGCUGGAGUAGGCCAUAGUGUCUCUGGAGGAUUUGGAGGUUGCAGUGUCCACAGCGGUGGACUUGGAGGUGGCAGCUUUGGUGGAGGAUUUGGUCGUGGCAGUGGCUAUGGAGGUGGCAGUAGUAGACGUGGCAGCUUUAGUGGAGGAUUUGGUAGUAGCAGUGGCUUUGGAGGUGGCCAUGGAGGUGGCAGCUUUGGUGGAGGAUUUGGCCAUGGUGGUGGCUUUGGAGGUGGCUUUGGAGGGGCUAGUUUUGGUGGCGAUGAUACUGGAUUCCUGUCUAACAAUGAGAAAAGCACCAUGCAAAACCUCAACGAUCGCUUGGCAUCUUAUCUCAACAAGGUGCGAAGCUUGGAAUCAGAAAACAAUCAGCUUGAGACCCUAAUAAGGGAAUGGUACCAGAAGCAUGGCCAGACUUCUGAACCAAAGGAUUACAGUUCAUAUUAUACAGAGAUUGACCAGCUCAUCAAUGAGCUUAUUUCUUCAUCAUUUGAGACCAACAAGAUACUCCUUGAUGUCGAUAAUGCAAGAAUGGCUGCUGAAGACUUCAAACUUAAAUAUGAGACCGAGAAUGGCUUGCGUCAAAAUGUUGAGGCUGACCUCCAAGGUCUACGUCCCUUGUUGGAUAAGUUGACCCUGGAUAAGUCUGAUCUGGAGAUGCAAUAUGAGUCUCUCCAUGAAGAACUGGUACAUCUUAAGAAGAAUCAUGAUGAGCUCAAGAAGAGUCUGCAUCACCAGUCUGGUGGUGAUGUCAACGUGGAGGUCAAUUCUACUCCAGGCCAGGAUCUGACAAAGAAACUAAAUGACCUGAGACAUGAAUAUGAAGAGAUCAUUACGAAAAACCGCAAGGAAGUUCAACAAUGGUAUGAAGCCAAGAUGGAGGAAGCUCGUCAGCAGCAGAGUCCAGAAAAUCAGGAAAGUGGGUCUGGCCGCCACCAAAUCACAGAGCUCACCCGAGAAUAUCAGACUUUGGAGAUCGAGCUCCAGACUCAGCUUAGCACAAUCCAGGCUUUGCAAAACAAUCUGAAUAACACCGAGGGGGGAUAUAACAUGCAGCUGCAACAGAUUGCAAGCCAAGUAGAACCAGUGGAAGCAGAGUUGGCUGGCAUCAAAGGAGAGAUUCAGAAUCAAACUCAAGAGUACCAGACGCUCCUCGGCAUCAAGACCCAUUUGGAACAGGAGAUCAACCAGUACCGUCAACUGCUAGAGGAAGGGAAGCAUCUUGCGGCCAACAUACACGGAGGUGGAAGUGGAGGAACAGGUGGAAGUUCAGGAGGUGGAAGACAUUCAGUUGGUGGCAUAUCAGGAGGAAGUUCAGGAGGAGGAAGUGGAGGAGGACAUUCCUAUGGUGGCACUUCCCGAGGUGGAAGUUCUGGAGGGGGAGGAGAAAGUGGAAGUGGACAUUCAUAUGGUGGCAUUUCUGAUGGUGGAAGUUCUGUAGGUGGAAGAAGUACUAGUGGAGGAAGACACUCAACUGGUGGAAUUUCCCAUGGAGGAAGUUCUAGUGGAACUUCACAAGGAAGCAGUUCUAUAGGGAGAGGAAGCGGAGGAGUAGGAGGACACUCAUCUGGUAGAAUCUCCCCAGGAGGAAGUUCUGGAGGAGGAGGAAGUGGAGGAAGAGGAGGGCAGUCAUAUAGUGGAAUUUCACAUGGAGGAAGUGCAGGAAGACCAUCAUCUGGUGGAGUCUCACCAGGAGGAAGUCCUGGGAGAAGAGGAAGUGACAGUGGAAGACAAUCACCUAGUGGAGGACUAUCUGGAGGAGGAAGAGGUGGUGGCAGCGGCGGCAGAGGACAGUCAUCUGGUGGAAUUUCACAUGGAAGGGGUUCUGGAGGAGGAAGUCACCAUCUAUCUUCCUCUUCAUCCCAAAGUAGGCCUUCAUUAACUCACAGCCACUCAUCCUCCUCUUCCCAGUCUCAGUCUGGGUCUCAUGGCUGGCAUGUAGAACAAGAGGCAGAUGAAUGCCAAGCCUAUGCUCAGAAGGGGAUGGAGGAAUAGAAGGAGGAACAAAAAGGAAAGAAUUCUUUACAACAAUGACUUCUGGUUAUCAACACAGGUAUUGAGCCAAAAGCAAAGCUGGCAUCUUCCUUUCCCAACACAUCCUUCCAACUCAAAUAAUGGAUUAAGCAAGACCUUCUACAAUGCUAGGAGUGACCAGGGUUUCUUCUUCCAGAUCACAGAUGCUGCUGGUGUCAUCAAUUCAAAAGAGUUGGUUCUAAAUACAUAACAUCCAACUAUCUCCAUACACAAUUUGUUUUUUUUCUUUUACAAGAUAUGCAUCAGACUUCUCCAAUUUGGUGCCCUCCAAAUGUGUUGGACUGCACUUCCCAUCAACUCUAGUCAACAUGGU